AUGAGGACCGUCGACGGGGUCGUGUAUCCGACCUACGCGGCGGCGGCGGUGGCGCUUGGACUCCUGGAGGAUGACCAAGCCCUGCUAGCGUGCAUGACAGAGUCCGCGGCCGUGGACACUCCCGCACAGCUGCGUUACCUACUGGUGACGAUCCUGCUGUACUGCGAGGCCGCGGAUCCGCUGGCGUUAUACAUGGCAAGCGAGGAAGACCUGAGGCAAGACUUCUUCCACAGCCUGAGAGACGAGGACCGCGCGAGAGCCGCGUGCCUGGACGCCAUCGGGUGGCUGCUGCGGGGUCACGGUAAAACGCUGGCCGACUACGGGUUGCCGAAUCCGGACGUCGCGCUGCUCGAAGAGGACGCGGGAGGAGACGUCUACGCCUUCGUCGACGCAGUGGUGCGUUGGACUCUGCAGUUGGACAACCUCAACGACGAACAGCGGGCGGUUUACGACCGCGUGAUGGCGGCCGUCGACGACAACCGCGACGUCCCGAAAAUGUUCUACGUCGACGGGCCCGGUGGUACUGGGAAAACGACGCUUUACGGCUGCCUAAUAUGGUCGCUCCGCAACAUGGGCAGAUCCGUGUUGUCUGUGGCGUUCACGGGAAUAGCGGCGACGCUCAUGGACGGUGGUAUGACCGUUCACUCGACGUUUGGUUUGCCCUUCGGUACACUCAACGAAGAUUCGACGUCGUCCAUCGCCAUGCAGUCUCUGCGCGCGCAUAGGAUACGGGAGGCGGCACUCAUCGUCUGGGACGAAGCGCCCAUGUCUCCGGGGCUCCAACUGACGGUGGUCGACCGGUUGCUAAAGGACAUAAUGCAAUCGGAACUACCGUUCGGUGGUAAGACGGUUCUAUUCGCAGGUGACUUCAGACAGAUACUGCCGGUGGUCCGCAGGGGGACGAGGGCCGCGAUCGUGGCGGCUUCAAUCAGGCACCACCAUCUGUAG